AUGUUGGAAGAAAUUAAAGAUUCUACUGAUGAAAAAGAGCAAUCACAACCUGUUAUAUCAAUUAGUAGAGAAGCGAUGGAAAAAGCGAUAGCUGCUUUCCCACAAAGUAAACUUAACAGAACAACUACAAAUGCAUCUUUCCUCGGAAUUCCACAACGCAAUGUACGAUCAGAUUCAGAUAUCAGUGUAUCAGUUGUAGAAAAACUACGUACACUUCGUACAAAAUUUACAGAACGUACAGAAUUGAUAAAAGCCAAAGAAAUUGAGAAAGUCGAAAUUAGUGAAAGUGAAUCUGAUGAAAAAGAAACUUGUACAGAUCCAACAAAAUCCGAUGAAAACGAACUUCAGUUAGGUGGAGAAUUCAAAACAACAGAAAUUCAAAAAGAAAAAUCAGUUGGAUGGUGGAAAAGAUAUCCUAAUCGAAAAUUAAUAAUACGUCAACCUCUAUGUUUAACAUGUUUACCAUCAAGCAGAAAAUAUUUUAUAUCAAAACCUAAUUUGCCAUGUUUCAGUAUACAAAAUCCAGAGGAUAAUGAGAAGCGAAGACAAGAGGAAGUUAAAGUAACUAAAGCAUCAGAACAAGAAACAGAACAGCCUGAAAUUAUUGGACAAGUAUGCGUCAAACUUAAAGAAAUAUCUAUUCCUUUACCAGCAUGGUUAGUAGGAUUAAAAGAUGUAUUUAGUGCAACUAUAUCACCAUAUAGUAAUACUUAUCUUCUGUGGUUAGGUUUCUUAUUAAUAGCAGUUUUAUACAAUUAUAUUACUAUACCAUUUCGUGAAGCAUUCAAUAUAUACGAUGAUGAAGAUAACAUGACAUUAUGGUAUACAUUGAAUUCAUUGAUGGAUACACUUUACUUAUUGGAUAUUUUGUUAUUAAAACCACGUAUAGAAUUUCUUGAUCAAGGUAUCACAAAAACGGAUUUUAAAUCAUGUGCUUUGCAUUAUUUUAAAAGUUUACAAUUUAAGAUUGAUAUUAUUUCAAUCAUACCGUUGGAUUUAUUCUCUUUGUUUUAUAAAAAAGAUAUGGCACGUUUUCGUGUUUUUCGUUUGGUGAAAAUAAAUGCAUUUUGGGAAGCUUUCGAAAAAUUAGACCAGCGCUUAAAUGCUGGUUAUGCAGUACGACUUGCACGAACUAUCAUAUACAUGAUUUAUAUCAUACAUUUAGAGACUUGUGGUUAUUAUGCAUUUAAUCGAUGGCAGGGUCUAGGCGAAACAUCAUGGACAAUCCAACCAGGUCCAAUUUCACCAUACGUCUAUUCUUUCUAUGUUUGUAUGAAAACCGCAACUUCAAUUGGUUCAUUACCUGCAGCAACGAAUAGUUCAGAAUUUUUAUUCAUGACAUGUUAUUGGUUAAGUGGGAUACUCGUAUCGGCUAUUCUGAUUGGUCAGGUCAUUGAUAUAUUGGAUUCAGCGAGUGCAAAUAAAGUGAAUUAUCGUAAAGUAAUGGAUGCUACAUUAUCAUCUAUGCAACAGUUACAUGCUCCACAACAUGUUGUUGAUAAAGUACGCAGUUGGUUUAUGUAUAAUUGGGAUCAACAGAAAACAUUUAAUGAAAAUUCAUUAUUUGAAUGUUUACCAAUAAAAUUGAAAAGUGAUUUAGCUAUUAGUGUACAUUUUCAUACUUUAAGUAAGGUCACUUUAUUUCAGAAUUGUGAAAAAGCUCUCAUCUACGACAUGAUAUUGAAAUUGAAACCUGUCGUGUUUCUGCCCAAGGAUUAUAUUUGUCGAAAGGGUGAAGUCGGUAAAGAAAUGUAUAUUGUAAAAAGUGGUGCAGUUGAAGUUGUUGGCGGUCCUAAUAAUUCCAUUGUAUUUGUUACACUUAAAGAAGGCAGUGUAUUCGGUGAAAUAAGUUUAUUAGCUUUAUCCGGUAAAAAUAGAAGAACAGCUGAUGUAAGAUCAAAAGGUUUUUCUACGUUGUUUAGUUUAUCAAAACAAGAUUUUGAAGAAAUAAUGAAAAAUUAUCCACAAGCACAUGAAUUGUUGAAGAAACGAUCUCAACGAAUGCUUAGUCGAGACAAGAAAAAAGCAACUGAUGAGGCAGUUAAAGAAAAGAAGAAACUUCAGAAAGAAAAGAGUUGUGAAUUAAAUUAUAGGGAUGACGCAGUUAUAGAAGUUAUUCCUGAAAGACCUGCCACACCAAAACUCAUUGAAACAGUCGUAAAGGUUAUUGAAUCUACUUAUCCAGAUAAAAUAAUAGCUAGACGACUGAAGGGUAGUUUUUCAAGUGAAUUUGGAACAAGACGUAGAUCUAUUUAUACAGUCAAACCAGGUGUUAACAUGGUCACGAAUAAAAUGUCUUCAGUUUCUAAUACGAAUGACGAUAAUACAAUUAAUUAUAAUCAGAAGGAAACUGAGACAAUCCCAAUAAGCAAUUCCAUGCCAUGUCAAAAUGAAUCACAGAAUCAAAAACUUCCAGACACUCUGCUAAAGGAAGAUACAAACAAUCAUGAUGAAGUUGAUAGCGAUAAACAAUCUGAGAACUUCGAUCAAAGUGUUGUGACUGAGAGAACAACUCAACAUUGGAUUGAUAUGUUAUCGGUUGAUCGAAACCCUAUCAAACGUAUUACAAGCUAUUUUCCACAUAUCUGUUAAAAAUAUAUUCAUGAAUAUA